GGCUGUGACGUUGGUCCGAGCGCCGCCGGUUCUAUUCUCGCUGUCCGAUCAAUACGGCGUUAUCAACAUAGCUGUGUAGGUGUUUACAUGCGCGUAGUACCCACACAGCUUCGCUUGAAUGAGGUUGUCGCGAGUGAUAACGCGCCGCAGUAAAUAAGCCGUGAUUUAAAUUUUUAAGGAAAUGUGAACAUAUCCCGCAGCGAAAUGCCGCUGCCAGAUCUUUUGAAACGAGCCUCGAGCUAUUUUCUCGGUUUGGAGUUUGAUGAUAACGAGGAACCCCCUGAUUACGUCGACAACGAAAUAUUGUUUUGCAAGAACAAUGUGUGCGUGCAUCCUCCGACCGUUGCAAGGCAUGAACUUGAUAUAGUACACCAUCCUGGAUACCUCACAGUCACGACUAAGGUGUUUACGGACCAACAUAACAACGCCAAACGACCCACGCUUUUCCUGAACUGGAUUCCGAAUUCUACGCUGCGGAAAUGUCCUUCGGCCGUAGAAACCAGCCCGAGCGAGGAGCUAGUAUGUGCUGGCAAGCCGGCGAAUGCAAAGGAAAUACCCAUGUCCCGCAGCAAUACAAACAGCGCUAAAUUGGACGCUAACAACGAACGUGCAUUUUCUGAUUCCUCAGAAACUACGAGUCUUAAUUCUAACUCUGAUAAGCAAAGUAUUAAAUCAUCUGAUACGAGAUACACACACAAUGACACUACGCAGGAGGAGUUAUCCUCCAGUUCAAAGCCCACUGUGAAGUCUAUAGACUCGGUGAAGGAUAAUGUUUUCAGUAGCUUUGAGAAGGACGAGUCUCGGGAUGAGGUGUUUAUGUACGACAAACAUGUGAGAUCACAGUCAAUGACCUCGGUUAACAUCACGAUUGCUAAUCCAACAAUAGAAAACGUAGAUUUGACCCCUGAUUCUGUGUCGGGGGACAGGUUUAUUAGGUCACUGUCAAUGAGUUCGUGUGACGAGGGUAAUCCAAAUUGGAUGAGUACGCCGGAGUUUUUAGCUCUGAAACACAAUCUGGUGUUUCCUGACAGCGUGCAUAGCUCACCGGUGCCGCAACGUAGAGCUCCUUUAAAAUGUCGAAGGUUUUCAGUAGACUUGAGUCAGAUGCGGUCAUUGCGACUCUUCUUCAACGACGACAAUUGCACCUGCGGCCAGUUAGUAGUCGCAUCCAGGGAAUCCCAGUACAAAAUACUCCACUUCCACUAUGGAGGUCUGGACCACUUGGCACAAGUACUGCAUCGAUGGCACUCGUUGCUACAUAACAUCAAACUUACACCAGGCACUGUUUCCACAGGUUCUGAAGAGCCAAAUCUACCCUACCGACAUUUUAUGGUAUGCCGUCCAGAGGUACAAAAGUCUGAACAACAUCCUGAAGAAGGGAAGCUUCCCAAAAUAUCCCCCGAAAUAUUCUACGGAAAAAUUAUGAACGGAAAGGGCGUUAUUGAAGACGAUCUAUUUUUGAGGAAAUGUGUAUUUUUCGGAGGAUUGGACAAGGAACUGAGGAGAGAAGUGUGGCCAUUCCUCUUACACUGCUAUCCGUACAAUUCGACUUAUGACGAAAGAGAGAUAAUACUUCAGAUUAGGUCAAGAGAAUACGAAGAAAUUUCGAGAAGAAGACUGGAAAAGAUGACUCCUGAGCAGCAUGCAGUUUUCUGGAAGACAGUCCAGUGUGUCAUAGAGAAGGACGUGGUUAGAACGGACAGAGGCAAUCCAUUUUUCGCAGGCGAGAAUAAUUACAACGUAGAAAUUAUGAAGAACAUUUUGUUGAACUACGCCGUAUACAAUCCGAUUUUAGGUUACACACAAGGAAUGAGUGAUCUCUUAGCACCGGUACUGUGCGAGAUAAAAUGUGAGGCAGAAGCGUUCUGGUGCUUCGUCGGUCUGAUGCAGAGAGCCAUAUUUGUGUGCACCCCAACCGACAACGAUAUGGAUAACAAUCUUGUAAGAUACAACAACUGUUUAAUGUCGAAUAAUAGCUACUUGCGCGAGCUUAUAAGGAUAAUGUUGCCACAUUUUUACAAGCAUCUGGAGAAACAUGUGGACGCAAUGGAACUACUGUUCUGUCAUCGUUGGAUACUUUUGUGCUUCAAGCGCGAGUUCACGGAGGCCGUAGCGCUCCGCAUGUGGGAGGCGUGCUGGGCCAACUACCAGACGGACUACUUCCAUCUGUUCCUCUGCCUGGCCAUCAUUGCCGUGUACGCCGAUGACGUCAUCGCACAGGACCUUAAUACUGACGAGAUGCUGCUGCAUUUCAGCUCUUUAGCAAUGUACAUGGACGGCCGUCUCAUCCUCCGCAAAGCAAGAGGUCUUUUGCACCAAUUCCGUCAACUGGUUAGGAUCCCCUGUACCUUGGUGGGCAUGUGUCAGCGAUGUGGCCCAGGCAUAUGGGACUCAACCCAUAGGCCUAGUGUCGAAUGCACUGGCGCCCAUGACUUCUGCAAGUAUGCUGUUCAGUAAGAAAACGGAAGGAAAGGAAAGGAAGGCAAGAUAUUUGGCAAACCGUCGUGAUUUUGGCAAGCCUAUUAGGCAAAUAUGGGUCUUAAAGUUAUGUGUUGAAUGCGGGACAUUUUUAAUGUAGACAGAUCAGUAUUACUUUAGUUUUUUUUUUAUGAUAGUGCCAUGCAUUGAUUUCAGCUUAUAUUUAGAAGUAAAAAUGCCAUAUUUGUUCGAUAAAUGCAACUGGUAGAUUUAUAUUGUGUAGACAGUUUGAUAUGUAAACAUUUAUUUUCGUUUAUAAGAGAAAUCUAAGUAACGGGGUCUCAAAUUAUUAUUGUUAAAAAUACAGUUUUUUUAUUUGUAUGUUUUUAAGAGUUCUAAGUAAAUUAUCAUGUUUUUUAGAAAGUAACUAUUGACGAAUGAGUGUACAGUCUAACGAAUCGGUCACGUUUUCACAGUAUUCUUGAUAUUUGUUCGGAGUUUUCAGGACGUAAUGCUCUAGUGAAAAUGUGGCCUACAUUUCAGGUCCGUUUUGUACAGAACAUGCUAAUUACCGCUUCAGAAAUAGUAAAGUUUUGUCAAUCGAUAAUAUUGACAGUUUUAGGACAUUUCUUUGUUCUAUAGAAUAAGGUUGACAGAGUAUUUAUGUAUUUUAGUAGGUUCUUAACAAACUUUCUCCAACAGUGUUAAAUUAUUAUUUAUUUAGAUAUGCAUUUUCUAAAAUCGAGCCGAAUGGUAACUUCGACUACACAAUGGAUUGAAAGGUCUUAAAGGAGAAAAUUAGAACAACUUAAUUAUUUUCAGAUGCUAAAUUUAAUUAAAACACAAAUGAUUUUAACAGAAACGGUAUACGUAUUACUGUGCAAAAUAAAGCACAUCGUACAAAAUCAAUGUAAUUCUAUAAGUACAAAUUAAAUCAGUAUUAAAAACUUGGAAAAUGGUGUCAGUAAGGAAAUUGAGGAUAUGGCUAGGACAUAUCAAAUUGGUAACGACAAAUGUUCAAUGAACUUAUCAUUUCUUUUUGAAAAUUAACAAAAUUAAAAAUUGUACCUGGUUAAUAACUAUAUGGAAACUAGAAAUUCUAGGGAGAAUUCAUAUCGAACAUGGAAACAUACAAAAUUAUUUGAAAAACGAUGUUUGUAAAAUAUUGUAAAUUUUUAAAAGACUAUUUUAUGAAUUAAUUAUUUGAUAGGUUUCUCAAAGCAUCAGCUAUAUAAUUAUUUAAAAAAAGCGCAGCUAUUAAUGAUAUUUUAGAUUAAGAUUUGCUGUAUGAAAUCUAGGCAAUUAUCUACAUGGAAAAACAUAGGUCAAAAAUGCUUGGUGUUAUAUAAAAUCCCUGUUAGCUGAAUGAAGUUGUUGCAAAAAUAUAAUCUAAACUAAAGUACAGAAUUUUGCGAUUAUUGGGGAGUUACUUUUACGGAGUUCAAUUGGAUAUGGCAGUGUAUAUCGUCUAUUUCACUUAGGACCGAUUUUUGAAUCACCAGUAAACUUCUAUCUGAAGAAUAUGUUUGACGUUUUGACGGUGUGUAUAGAAAAUUCCAGCCUCCAUAUUCAUUCCUCAGUUAGAAGUUGAUGAUUGAAAAAUUGGUCCUCAAGUUAUGUAUUUAUUUAAUCUAUUCCAGUAUCUUUAUAUAUUUAACACAGAGUUUAUUAAUUGACUAUAACUUAAUACUAAUUUUAAGAAGGUAGGCAAAUAUUUUCGUUAUAGUAAUCUGAAAUGUAAAAUGCAACAAAAAUGCAUCCUAUGAAUGAAUAAGUUUGUAUUAAUGUUAGGUAGGAACUUAAAUAUUUUAUUAUUUGUUAGGUGCCGAAUGAUCAGAUUUUGAAUUACUAUCUCUCUGUCUUUAAGGUUUUUAUUACAGCGACUUGCAAUAGUGACUUUAACUGUUGUUUACUUUGGAAGACCCAUGAUCGGUUUCUGAGCACCUGUACCAGACGUUUAUUUAUUCAUUUUCACGUCCAAUAAAGAAACCGGCUCAGAAACCGGCCAUGCCUCAAAAGAUUCUGAGAGUCGUUCUUGUACCUACGGACUUCUAGAUUUUAAGGUAAUUUUGUACAUAAUUAUAAUCAAACAUGUGUAGUUAGUUUGGUAAUACGAGAUGUCAAUCACUGUUAGUUGCUAGGUGUCACUAUGAGAAUUGGACUUUUGUGUGAACCACUGAAUGUAUAAAACCUACGAAUAUUUUGGCCCCUCUUGAAUAUAUGAGUAAAAACAAAGUGUAGGUAUCUACUAUAGUACUGAAUUACUUUCCACAUUAGAUCUGACUUGAGAAAAAACGCAUUUUGUACCUACUAUAGAUCUUGUAUGUUUGUGGCAAGACGCAGGAAUCCAUCGAUAUUACAUAAUGGUCGAAUGGUCAAUGUUAUUGUGUAAGUAGUGGCUAUAUGUUCGUCUGAAACACACAGGACCUAUUAUGCAGAAUGGCUGCUUAACAUACAACAACUGCAUAAAAAUAUGAUAUCAAAAAAGUUAUAAAGCCCAUCUACAACUUGUCUGCUGCUAUUUACCGCACCUUUUCCUCCAAUUAGUUUAUAAUGGUAUCCCCUACAUCAAAGACGAAGAUAUUUUAAAUGUUAUGAGUAGCAAUAUCCCAAUUACUAUGUUAGGUAGACAAUAGAAACUUUUUAGGUACCACACAUGCACUUGUACAAUACAAAGGAUAGCAAAAGAGGUAGAUGGUCACUCAAGCAGUCUUGUAAUGAUACCAAUAGAAAAAUAUCACCAAAAAUACUUUAGCCAUACUUUCUUAGAUAUCGAUUAAUGAUUUACUUCAAAUAGUUUAAAUAUUCUUAUACAAUAUGAAUAAAAUGUAUUACGAUAAUUAUGAGGCUACAAAAAUAUUUUAAAGGUUUAUUUUCGCAUAUUGUGAAUUGUUACGCGUACUCUGUGAUAUAUAAUGAUCUGCUUGUAUUAUACUGUGUAAAUGUUAAUAAAUGUAUGUAACGAAACGUAAUGUAUUGAUGAAGCCAUAUCUUAUUAGAAAUAAAUGUACAAGCAUCCGUUGA